AUGUCCACACUCCUUCGAUCUUUGGGUGCCCCAGCACUCCCACCCAUGCCGGUCGGGGCUUCUAAUCAUCAUCAUGAUUCGCUGCUACAUGUUGAGCGUCAAACGAAAUAUAUUCGGCGAAAUCUCCAAGUCCUAAUCGACGCUCAAAGCGACGGUCUGCUCGCCGGUCUGGCUGGGUCUCAAUCAGAUCAAGUUUCUAGCGAAGCGUCCACUCCCUCCCCUGUACCGAAUGGUGCUCAAGCACGCUCUCCUUCGACGGUGCCUACGAGGCAACCUGUAUUCAAGAAGAUUAGUCUUCGCUCUGCCCGCGAUGGUAUCUUCCAAUCCAUCUAUAACCUGCUGAAGUUGCGAGAGGAGGAGCGAGAGAUUAUCGCGUCGCAAACCGACGAAAGACUGAAUGGGCUGCAGGAUAUUGAGCAUUUUCUUUCCAAGAGAAAUGGUCUCGAAGAAGCAAUAACUACUAUCCACGGCGAUGACGAGAGUCGACGCUCGAAGCAACUAGAGGAAGAGGCCCAGCACCUCCAGACUGACAUUCAUGAUUUGGAGACCAGGCUUUACGAAAUGAAAGCUAAACACCGACACCUUGUCAACGAAAUCUCACACAUCAAAAACUCAGUCGAUGCCAAGCUAUCCUCCUACACUGAAUCACUGUCCCUGCUCGACACCAACAUUCAAAAUUACCUCCGUGACCCGCCAAUCCAAGCCCUAUCGCGUCGCCCCGGUGAAUCCACAUUCCACUCGCUGAACCCCAAACGGCGCACACUUAACAUGGCACAGGAGCAUUGGAAAGCCGAACAAGUGAGUUUGCAGGACAGGCAACAAGAAGUGGAUACGGAGAUUCAAGCGCUCGAGGAAGGCGGGGGCGUAUGGAAACAAGCAGUACAUGAUGUCACCGGCUUCGAGAAACGCUUACGAGCCAACAUGCGACACUACGUGGAGCUGACAACGACCGGGGCAGAAGCUGCGCCCGCGGAUCACACCGAUGGACUCGUUAAGAGCAUCAUGGAAGAUUUGGAUAAGACAACUCACCGGGUUGAAUCUCAUUUGGAGCUUGCAGAAAGCAAAGACUGGAAGCUUCUGGUCUGUUGCAUUUCGGCCGAGCUAGAAGCUCUGCGAGAAGCAAGGGGUUUGCUUCUACCCGCUUUUGGCUUGCCUGCGCAGGAACAAGAUCCACCUCUGAACUCUCCUGGUAUCGAUGAUCAAAGUCCGAAGCAGGACCACGACCAUACCGAUCCACUAGAAAAUGAUGACCCAGAACCUCCAGCAGACCUUUUACAAGAUACAAACCAUCACUCUGAUGCUGCGUCUAGAUCGGAAGAUGACGAGCCAGAUCCCUCGUGGCUAUCAUGA